GCGACCCUGGCUGAAUGACAGACAGCGACAUACUUUGCGUUUGCCCGGGCCACACGCAUGAUCGCCGAGCUCAUUUUUUAUAACGAUACGAUUAUCUAAGUAUUCUGUGUGAAGGGACACUAAACAGCAGUGGAUAUUCGAAGUUGGAUGUAGGAUAAUUGGCCGCAAUGAAGGCCUUUCAUUUGCUGCUGACAACCUACUGUUUAUAUGGCUUAUGCGAAAUAGGUGCCUCAGAUGCCGAGAAUGCGCUGAUAAAAGCGCUGCUUGGUAACUACAACCCGAAAGUGCGUCCGGCGAAGAAGAUGACGGACAGAGUGUUAGUGAGGGUGGGCAUGACCCUCGCUUCCUUCGGGGGCCUGAACAUGAAAGAGGAGGAGAUGAUCACCACCGUGCACAUGAACCUGGAGUGGGUGGACUACCGCUUUUCCUGGAAUCCUGCAGAGCAUGAUGGCAUAAACGUUUUACGGAUCCCUGCAGGGAAGGUGUGGCUCCCUGACAUUGUCCUGAUCAACAAUAAUGAUGGGGUAUUUGAUGUGGCCCUCCAUGUCCAUGUUCAAGCCUACAGCAAUGGAAGGGUCAUCUGGACACCUCCAGCCCUAUAUCGCAGCUCAUGUGGAGUCAAGGUGGCGUACUUCCCAUUUGACUGGCAGAAUUGCUCCAUGGUGUUCCACUCUUACACGUACGAUGCCUCGGAACUCGAACUGCAGCACUCGCUCGAUGAGAAGGGCCAAGAGAUCCGUGAGAUUGUGUAUGAUCAAGGCUUCAGUGAGAGUGGCGAGUGGCACAUCAGACACAAGCCGUCCAGGAAGAAUAUACGAGAGGACAAUUACGAGGACAUCACCUUCUACUUGAUCAUCGAGAGGAAGCCGCGAUACUAUGUCUUGAAUAUCAUUAUUCCCUGCAUCCUCAUCACCAUCAUCGCCAUCUUCAAUUUCUACCUGCCCCCAGACGCAGGUGAGAAGGUGGGCCUCUCCAUCAAUGUCCUGCUCACCUUAACCGUCUUCCUGCUGCUGCUGGCGGACAAAGUUCCCGAGACCUCCCUGGCCGUCCCCAUCAUCGUUAACUACUUGAUGUUCACCAUGGUUCUGGUCGCCUUCUCGGUCAUCCUCAGCGUGGUGGUGCUGAACCUCCACCACCGCUCGCCCAGCACUCACCACAUGCCGCUGUGGGUGCGUAAGAUCUUCAUCCAUAUACUCCCUUCAUACCUGGGGCUUCUCCGACCAAAACCUGAGACCCCCCUUGCCCUGGAGAAUCACCCAAAACGGGAGACACCCAUGGCCAUCAGCAGGGCCGCCGAUGAGUACUUCAUCCGCAAGCCCAACACCUUCUUCCUCUUGCCCAAAACCAAUAGGUACCAGUCGGAGGGUUUGUGUACCGACCUGCGCAAGUUCAUUGACGGCCCCAGCAGCUACCUCACACUUCCUCCGGAACUCAAGUCAGCCAUCGAUGCUAUUGUCUACAUCGCUGAGCAGCUACAGGCUCAAAAGGACCAUGAAGCAUUAAAGGAGGACUGGCAGUACGUAGCCAUGGUGGUGGACCGGCUGUUCCUUUGGCUCUUCGUCAUCUUCACCACCAUUGGCACCCUGGGCAUCUUUGCUGACGCCAGCUUCAAUUACACGCCAACGGACCCCUUCGUCAACCCGUACCCUUGAACCACCGCUACAAAACUCUGACCACCCUCCCUCCUUACCUUGGCGGUUACCACGAUGCACUUUCUAAAAUGAGCUGCGUCAGUUUCUCAAGAAGAACGCAUCUUCUUCUGAGCUUCAGCCGUGUCUUAGGAUUCGUACGUGUCUACUUGUGUUUCAAGUUAUUCCAGUAGUUUUGUGCAUCUUUCUAGAUGGUGUUUUUCAAACAUAAUAUUACCCACUGUAUGGUAUUUCUGUCAUAUUUCAUCACAAAUUAUGCAUGCCCUUUCUUGUGAUUAUCUGCAAAUAUCAUCCGAUAUAUAAAAAAAAGAUGUUUUUUUAUUUCAAAGGU